AUGGCCCUCACAACAAAGAGCGGCGCGCUCUGGCAGAUGAGCCGCGCGGAAAAAGAAGAGGGCUGGACCGACGAGGGCCACGCCUUCGUCGGCCGCGAGGUCGUGCGCAGCACGUCGGCGACGGCGCAGUCCGUCGGCACGAUCUACUGCUGGCUGCCGCCCACCGUCGAGGACUGCUACGAGGACGAGGACGGCAAGCCCGCGCCGUUAUUUAAGGUGCGGUUUUUGGUGGGGGAAUUAGAUGGCGACGUUGAGGACCUCGACAUCCGGCAGGUCGUCGAGUCGCUCGUCACGGAGAGCGUCCUGCGGCCUCCGGCGCCAGCUCCGAAGCCGACGGCGAAGCCGAAGGCGAAGAAGCGGCCGGUCCCAGUCCCAUCCGAUGAGGACGACGACGACUACGACGCCGCCGCGCCGGCGCCCGAGUCGUCCGAAGACGACGAAGCCUCUGAUUAUGAGGAGGCUCGCAAGCCCGCGGCGAAGAAGCGCAAGGCGGCCUCCCCGCCGAAGCCCGCGAAGAAGGCGCCGGCGAAGCGCAAAUCCCCGGCGAAGCCCGCGGCGCCGAAGCCCGCGGCGCCGCCCGCGCCCGCGCCCAAGGUCAAGCCUGAGCCGGCGCCGGCGCCGGCGCCGAGGCCGAAGGCGCCCGCGAAGCCCUCGGGGCGCCCGGGCGCGGAGCGCGCGACGGCGCGGUACGCCUGGGAGCCGCUCUCGGCCAACCAGCUCGCCCUGGCCGCGGGCGACAACCUCGAGGUCUGGCCGACGAACGAGUCGUGGUGGUUUGCGCGGAACGCGCGGACCGGCGCCGAGGGCCGCGUGCUUAGCGGCCACGUGAAGGUCGGGCCCUGGCACGAGGACGAGGACGAGGACGAGGACGCGGCGCCGGCGCCCGUGCCGGCGCCCGCGCCCGUGCCCCCGCCGGCGCCGAAGGUGAAGGCCGAACCGGCGCCGGCGCCCGCGCCCGCGCCGAAAAAAAAGAAGAAAUGCAUCCUGGACACGUCCUCCGACGAGGACGAGGCGCCCGCGGCGCCCGCGGACGAUUCGGACACGGACCUCGAGGAGGCCGGGAAGAAGGCCGAGGACGUCUUCGUCUGCCGGCCCGGGUCCGGCGCCGACACGGAUGGCUCGGACACGGACCUCUCGGCCGCGGCGCCCGCGCCCGCGGCGGACGACUCGGACACGGACCUGUCGACGUGAGUUUAAGAUAUGUGAUUU